AUGGCAAUGGUAACUGCAGCCGCGGCAAAUGAAAACGGGAACGAAUCAAAAGGUGGAUUGAAGGAGAAAACUCAGCAGAUAUUCGAGGACUUCUUGACGAGGGUCGCAAAGCUUGAGGAGCUUGGUGCCGUUGCAAAUAGAUAUCUCAGUGGGUUUCAGCAAUCCCUUGACUUUCUUCGGCGACCUCCCAUAGACAUGGAAUCGAAAUUGAUGAGCAAGCUCAUAAGUGCUAAUGACACGAAGAGGAUGAAAUCAUACAUCCAAGCCGGCUGCUGCAACACUCUUGACAGAGUGCAGAAUACGAGCAAGUCCAAAAUCAUACUGAAUGAGGUUGAGGAUCUCAUGGAGGAUCUGACGCUUGCAAUUCAAAGUUAUAAUCGCUCAUUACCACCUUUGCAAAUUGAAGAUCUUUGUGACCAACUGGACGAACAGCAUUUACAUCAGGAGGAGCCAUCACUAGGUGACCUGCAACAGCGUGAAGUAAUGUUCAUUUCUUCGUCGGUUGGGAUCAUAUACAGCAUGCUGAAGCAGGAUUAUGUGAUGCAGGAAAAGAUUGUUGGAUCGUUAAAUCUCAACUCCACCCCAGGGGAAUUAGAGAGCUACUGCCUGAUGUGGUCACUCCGACCUUACGUAAACGACGAAAUCAUGCUUCAAGCCUGGAGACUGAUCCGCUAGACUUGUUGCCGAGUAUGCUGAAGUCCUCAGAACUGUUUGAAACUCGUCAUGACAGUACAAGUAGCGUGUUCUCUUUGUUAGCUCGCCUAUGUUGACUUGUCCAUCAUCAAGCACUUAACUUUAUG